UUCGUUGCUACAUUCCUGAGCACAUAGCGCACAAUUGGUGCGUCGGUGAGACGGUCGUAUACCUCCGACUGUACUCGAUCAUCUUCGUUGCCCUACCACCAUAAGUGCCCCUCCCAUCGGGGGCGAUUCGGAGAUCUGCGGUGAUGGUCGUUCAGUCAACGUUCAUAAAUGAUGACGUAAGGUCGCAGCUCGUAGCGAGCUGGCGAUUCGUGGUACGUGGUAACGGCCUGUCAGUGAACCUCGGACGGAGAUGGGGACGCAAAAGCCCGGGGAAUGGGCGAAUUUAGUGAUCACGCGUUUCGAGGAUCAGCUGCCAUGUCGUUCCGGUCCCGAAAGUCCCCAUUCUCGGGUGAACGAAAAGAGGAGCAAGAAAUGUCUAAUAGAGAUCUCUCGGUACCGUUUCUCUCUCGUUAUAUCUGGUCUUACGAAGAUGCUGCAACGAGUCAGUGAGCUCACACCGAGCACGAGCAGUCAGCGGCCGUUCCAAUCCAAAGAGCAAGAUCGGCAGGAGUCCAUCAUUAUCGUUCUGGACACGCUGGAGAAGUGCCUGGCAAAUACACCAAAAGACACAACGAAAUUCGAGGAGGCGAUGAAUGUGAAACUGUUGCUUCGGGAGAUAUGCCAGUUCAUAGGUAUGCCCUACGACAGUCCACAGACGAAAAUGAUCAGGGAUUUAGCGAGCAAAGUACUGUUCGCUUUAAGCUUGAAUUUCUUCAACGCGGUCUUUAACCGGAUAUCUGCCAGGCUUCAGGAACUGCCCAAUAGCGGGGAUGAGAAUUCAGAUUGUAGUGACAUUGAGUUGAUGCAGUAUAUCAAUUUCGAUGUCCAUAGAUUGACCAGAUUACUGAACGAAAUUAUACAGAAAGUCCGGCAACUAAUUGGCAAGAAGUCAGCGUAUCUCGUGAUUAUGAAUCCCUUGGAGAAAGCUAUCUGGAAUUGGAUGGACACGUAUCCGCAGGAGUUUGCCGAUGUGCAGAAGCAGCCUAACGAGGAUCUUAGUAAGGCGUGUGAGGAGUUAUUCGACAUUCUCGACACGUUCGUCGCCGAGAAGAAGAGUCGCGCGGCCUCUGUUUGGCCGUUGCAGGUGAUGUUGUUAAUACUCUCGCCCAAGGUGUUGGAGAUCGUGAACGCCGACACUGGGCCACCCGAUUCUCCACGGUAUUCGAAGAAGAAGCAGUUCAUCGACAACGUGAAGCGUAGUCUAAGAAUGCACGGUAGCUCUUCUAGUCGCCAAUUGUCUGAGGCUGCGGCUGUCACAUGCGUCAAUCUUAUCAAAGCAGCCACGUAUGUCAGCAACGAUUCUAUCACCAACGUUGUCCUAAUUCUGGCGCAGCAACUGAUGGACGAUUUAAUGAGCCUUCUCUUCAACCCAUCGAAACCAUUUUCACGCGGACAGAAUUAUAGCGCGCAGGACAUCGAUUUGAUGAUCGAUUGCUACGUUAGCUCCUUUCGUAUCGAUCCAGUCAACAACGAAGCUUUUUUUAAGUUUUGUUUGAAUGUCAACUACCCGUCAACAUACCAGUUCAUCCUAGUCAGCUCAUUAUACAAGAUCUUCACACAGCCGAGAUUACCGUGGUGGCCAGAGACCAGUCUUGUAUAUUCAUACGGCACAGACCUCAGGAAUAUGUUUACUGAUACCCUGAACAAAAUGACGCAGAACUGUAGUAAUACGCCGUUGCGCAUGAUUCACAAUUUUUCUCUCAAGUCUAAAGAGGAGAUGGCCAAUUCCAAAAACUUGUUAUUGGUGUUGGUGCAACUCAUUCACGUGGACCCUAUGUUAAUGUUGCAUAAUUACGGUACAGCUGGUCACGAAAUACAAAAGUCCACUUUAGAGCUGAUUAACGGACUUGUCUCAUUAGUUCAUCAGCCCACGAUGCCAGAUAUCGCCCAUGAAGCGAUGGAGGCUUUGUUAGUGCUACACCAUCCAGAUAAGAUCAAAGCGUGGAAUCCAGAAGCGCCGCUUGAUACUUUCUGGGACGCCAGUUCGCAAGUCGUCUUCUCAAUCUCUCAGAAAUUGAUUCAACAUCAAAUUUUCAAUUACACAACUAUACUUAAAUGGCUUCGCGAGAUACUGAGUUGCAGGAAUGCUUUCCUUUCUCAAUGCGAAGAUUACGCGAAUGCGGAGAGCCACUUUGUGAUUAGUAAACAAGCACAUAUUAAACUUGAGGUCAUGUGUUUGAUGUAUUUAUGGAGCAUAGACAUGGAGGCUGUUUUGGUAUCCAUGUCCUGUUUUGCACUAUUAUGCGAAGAAGCUGAAAUUCUUUGUGGCAGCGAUGGAGUAGUAGUGACCUGUUUGCUUCCCAAUUAUCAGCUGUAUUUAGAAUUGGCGCAAGCUUCGACCGUAUUGAUCUCUGCCCACGGGGAGACUAAACUAUAUUAUCAGGAAUAUAAUUACGGGCGUGUCACGUUACAAAAAAAAAUAUUAUCUUUAUUGAGAAAGAUAGAACAUUGCGUAAAUGGUAUACAACCAGCUUGGGAAGAAACAUUUAGAAAUUGGGAAGCAACUUCACGGCAGUUGUCCAAUUAUCCUAAAAGCAAAACUGAGGAUGUACAGGUAGAGCCGUUUUGUCGCGGCAAUGUAAAACGGAGAGCAGCGCACCAAAAUUCAGAACACGAAAUGGAAGAACAAAUUAACGAGUGGGCUAACAUGACAGGGUUCCUUUGCGCUUUGGGCGGAGUAUGUCUACAACGUUGUUCACCUAAUAAACCACCAUAUGGUGUAUUCCCUUUUAAUCCGGAGCAUAAAAAGGGUUUGAUAAAACAACAGGAUUCUGUCUCAGGUUUAUCAAAUUCUAAUCAAGAAGCACAAUGUUGUCCAGUGACACAAUUCGUAUUUAACUUGCUACGAUUAUUAAUUUGCAACAAUGAGAAACUUGGCAAUCAAAUACAGAAACAUGUAAAGGAGUUGGUCGCACACGAGAUGAGUCCUGCUCUAUAUCCAAUAUUAUUCGAUCAGAUAAAAAAUUUUGUUGAGAAAUUCUUCGACCCACAUGGUCAUGUGGUGGUUUCGGAUUUAAACACACAAUUUAUUGAGCACACUAUAUUUAUAAUGAAAAAUAUUCUGGAUUCAACGACGGAUCAACCAUCGGAGUAUCUUGGAGUGACUAGCAUCGAAGGCAUGAUGUUGGCAAUCGUUAGAUACGUCAGGCACUUGGACAAGACGGUGCAUUCGAUUUUAAUUAAAACCAAAUUAUGCCAGCUAGUUGAAGCUAUGAUGAAGAGACGGGACGAUCUUGCAUUUAGACAGGAGUUAAAAUUUCGUAACAAACUAGUUGAAUAUUUAACUGAGUGGGUAAUGUGUACACAUCCUCAUUCUUCAACAACUGCCAACGAUAUCCUAACUUAUGCCACAGAUUUGGAUCAAGCUAGCAUGGAAGCAGUAGGAGCGUUAUUACGUGGACUGCCUCUACAGCCUGAAGAUUCUGAUCGUGUUGAAUUGAUGGAAGCAAAAUCUGAACUUUUUUCGAAAUAUUUUACGCUGUUUAUGAAAUUAAUGAACUACUGUAACGGUCCAUCAUCAACAUCAGAAGACAAAGAUGUUGUGCCUCGGCCUACUUUAACGACUAACAAAGUAGCCAUUUUGCGCAACACUGCUAUUCAAGCUAUGAGUAAUCUUCUUAGUGCGAAUAUAGACAGUGGUUUGAGGCACUCCAUACAUUUGGGCUACAACACAGAUCUACAGACGCGAGCCGCAUUUAUGGAAGUGUUGACUAAAAUUCUUCAGCAGGGCACGGAAUUUGAUACUCUUGCCGAAACUGUGCUAGCGGACAGAUACGAACAGUUAGUUCAACUUGUUACAAUGAUCAGUGACAAAGGCGAAUUACCUAUCGCCAUGGCACUGGCUAAUGUAGUGACGACGAAUCAAAUGGAUGAGUUGGCGCGUGUCUUCGUGACACUGUUUGACGCAAAACAUUUGUUAUCACCAUUAUUAUGGAAUAUGCUCUACCGAGAAGUCGAGCUAACUGAUUGUAUACAGACUCUUUUUCGCGGUAAUACUCUGGGAAGUAAGAUCAUGUCCUUCUGCUUUAAAAUUUAUGGCACAAGCUACUUGCAAGGCUUACUCGAGCCUCUCAUUACACCUUUACUGGACAACUCAACAAUUCAUUUUGAAGUAGAUAGCGCAAGGAUUGACCCUAACGAAAAUAUUGAACAAAACGGUGAAAACUUAAUCAUGUUGACACAAAAAGUGUUCAAUGCUAUCGUAUCAUCUGCAGAUACGUUUCCUCCGCAGUUACGCUCUAUGUGUCACUGCCUGUAUCAAGUAUUAUGCAAGAGAUUUCCGCAAUCUCCGCAAAGUAACAUUGUAGCCGUAGGAACGGUGAUAUUUCUUCGUUUCAUUAAUCCUGCAAUCGUCUCACCUCAAGAGUCUGGUAUCAUAAAUAAACCAGUACCACAUGAAAUUAAACGAGGCCUAAUGCUUAUGUCAAAGAUAUUGCAGAACAUUGCAAAUCAUGUAGAGUUUAGCAAGGAGCAGCAUAUGUUGCCUUUCAACAAUUUCUUAAGAACGCACUUUGAGAUUGGUCGACGAUUUAUCAUACAGAUAGCAUCGGAUUGCGAAACAAUUGAUCAAACCAAUCAUCCUAUGUCAUUCGUUUCGGAUGCCAAUGUAUUGGCGUUGCAUAGGUUGUUGUGGAAUCAUCAAGAAAGAAUUGGAGACUAUCUUAGUAGUAGUAGAGAUCAUAAAGCUGUCGGAAGAAGACCAUUUGACAAAAUGGCUACGUUAUUAGCGUAUCUUGGGCCACCCGAGCAUAAACCGGUGGAUUCGCACUCGCUUUUUUCUGCUACUUACGUUCGCAUGUCACGAUGGGCGAAUAAAGACAUGUCGUCCACUAAUUUUGAAGAGAUCAUGAUGAAAUAUAAUAUGCACGAGAGAGAAGAAUUUAAAAGUAUCCAAAGCAUGAAUAUUUUUUAUCAAGCAGGCACCAGCAAACAAGGCUAUCCAGUAUUUUACUACAUUUCACGACGAUUCAAACUUGGCGAAACGAAUGGCGAUCUACUGAUAUAUCACGUCAUUCUAACUUUAAAACCUUUUUAUCAUUCUCCAUAUGAUGUAGUCGUCGAUCUUACUCACACGUGUUCAGAUAAUCGGUUUAGGACAGAAUUUUUGCAAAAAUGGUUUUACGUUCUACCUGUGGCAGCUUAUGAAAAUCUUCACGCGGUAUACAUUUAUAAUUGUAAUAACUGGGUACGUGAAUACACAAAGUAUCAUGAUAGUAUCCUGGCACCAUUGAAAGGUAAUCGAAAAAUUAUUUUUAUCGAUGGACAAGGAAAAUUAAAUGACGUGAUCGAUGUCGAACAACAAAAGUUACCUGGAGCAACAUUAUCUCUGGAUGAAGACUUGAAAGUCUUCGCCGGCGUCUUGAAACUAUCUCAUAAAGAAAUGAAGGUGUCCGUGAAGAUCGGACCAACGACACUACAGAUAACGCAUACAGAUAGAUCUAAAGUGUUAUCGCAAUCCAUUCUUUUAAAUGAUGUUUAUUAUGCGUCCGAGAUAGAAGAAGUUUGCUUAGUGGAUGACAAUUCAUUUGUGCUAAGCAUUUCCAACGAAGCAGGACCUCUGACUUUCGCUCACAGUGAUUGCAACAGCAUCGUGCAGAAUAUAGCUCACAUUAGAAGUCGCUGGACUCUAUCGCAUCCGAACUCUUUGUCCGUUCACUCGAAAAUCAGGCCUAAAGAUGUGCCUGGUACUCUACUGAACAUGGCUUUACUGAAUCUCGGUAGUCCUGAUCCUAAUCUUCGGACUGCCGCGUACAAUCACCUAUGCGCGCUCACAGCAACGUUUGGCUUAAAAAUAGAAGGUCAGUUGUUGGAGACGUCCGGUAUCUGCAUACCAUCGAAUAACACCAUAUUUAUCAAGCACUUGAGUGAGACUUUGGCAACGAACGAUCCGCAUCUCACGCUCGAGUUUCUCAAAGAAUGCAUACAAGGCUUCAGGGAAUCGACCAUUGAACUGAAACAUUUAUGCCUGGAAUAUAUGACGCCGUGGCUCAGCAACCUCGUGCGAUUUUACAAACCUCACGACGAAGGUAAGCGGCAAAAACAGGUUACAGAGAUCCUGGACGAUUUGAUUACGUUAACCGUUCAGGAGAUUGAAAUGUAUCCGAGUAUACAGGCUAAGAUCUGGAGCACAAUCGGUAUGUUGCCGGAACUGAUAGACGUUGUUCUUGAUAUUUUUCUUCAACGUAGCGCACGAUACGGCUUAGGUUCGCCGAUGGCCGAGAUUAUGGCUGACACUGCUGUUGCUCUGGCGUCCGGUAACGUGGAACUGGUCGCCAAGAAACUGAUUAACAAGGUAUGUCGAAUAGUGGACAAAACGUGCAUGUCGCCGACGACACAGUUAGAGCAGCAUAUAAUGUGGAGCGACAUAGCGAUCCUAGCGAGAUAUCUUUUGAUGUUAUCCUUUAAUAACUGUCUGGAUGUAGGGAAACAUUUGCCAUAUAUCUUUCAUACGGUGACGUUGCUCUUAUGUUCUGGUAGUUUGACUAUGCGAGCUUCCACUCACGGUUUAGUGAUCAACAGUAUUCAUUCAUUGUGCACAUGCAGUUCGCCUGCGUUUACCGAAGAUACAAAUAGGAUACUACGGAUGAGCCUAGACGAGUUCUCAUUGCCCAAGUUUUACCUAUUGUUCGGCAUCAGCAAGGUGAAAUCUGCUGCUGGCACAGCCUUCUACAAACAUCCAAACUACAGCAAUAAACCCGUGAAUGAAAAGUGGCUCAGUAGCGAUCAAAGAAGCGCGUAUGGAACGCAGGACAAGGAGAGACUUUAUUUAACCAGUUUGGAAGUCAUAACCGACGCUCUUUUGGAGAUUAUAGAGGCUUGCAUGCGGGAUAUUCCGAAAUGCGAUUGGUUAAAAACGUGGACUUCGUUAGCGAAGAACUUUGCUUUCUGCUUAAAUCCAGCUUUGCAGCCGAGGGCUCUCAUCGUCUUUGGUUGUAUCAGCAAAAGUAUAACGGAUCAAGAUAUGAAACAAUUACUGAAGAUAUUGAUGAAGGCGCUUGAAAGUUUUAACGACAUUAAUCUUAUAGAGGCUAUUGUUAUGUGCUUAACACGAUUGCAACCUCUUCUGAGACCUGAAUCCCCAAUACAUAGGUAUUUAUUUUGGGUUGCCACAUCCGUUCUAGAGUUAGACGAAACGUCGUUAUACGCAUCCGGUCUAGCCCUUCUAGAGCAAAAUUUGCAUACACUUGAUUCGCAAGGCACUUUCGACGAGAAGACACUAGAACAUGUAAUGAUGUCAACGCGUGAACCUUUGGAAUGUCAAUUUAAACUAUUAGAUCACACCGUAGGCUUAUCCUUUAAGUCUAACUUUCAUUUCGCGCUGGUUGGUCAUCUUCUGAAAGGCUAUAGGCAUCCUACACCAACUACAGUCACCAGGACGGUCAGAGUAUUGACCAUGUUACUGGCAAUCAUAGCUAAACCCUCCAAAAGGGAUAAAUUUGAAGUAACGCCUGAAAGUGUCCCUUACUUAACUGCGCUAGUGGCCGUAUCAGAAGAGGUUCGUAGUAGGUGUCACAUCCGACAUUCACUUGACAAAAGUUUACACGAUUCAUCAGGCAGUUCAGACGUUCUUGACACUUUACCGUCGCGCAAUACGGAAAUGCCUGGAGCUUCUAAUCCUACAAGUAGAAGGCAGAAAACUUGGGAUUUACUGGAUCAAUCAGCACUUACUCAAGCAAAACAACAAAAACAAUCUGCACAGACUGGCCGGCUUUUAUUUAAAUCGCAGCGAUCCUUGAGCGUGCCAAGCGCAAAGGACGACAAGUCGACCGACAACACAGAACAACAGAGAGAUCGGAGUACGAGAGUGAGUUUAAGCAACGAAAAUAACGUUUUGCUCGAUCCGGAAGUGUUAACAGAUUUUUCAACGCAGACUUUGGUGCUGACUAUGCUGGCCACGCUAGUAAAAUAUUCCACUAGCGAAAACGAAACGCGGAUUCUUUAUGAGUAUUUAGCGGAAGCAACUAUAGUUUUUCCGAAAGUUUUCCCAGUCGUACAUAACUUGCUUGAUGCGAAGAUCAACAGUGUAUUGUCUUCUUGUCAAGAUCAAGUAAUAUUAAAUGCAGUACAAACGAUUAUUCAAAACAUGAUUGCCUGUGAAGACUCAAAUCAACAUCAUUUGCAACAUUAUUUGCAAAGUUGCGGAUUUCGGGGUCUUUGGAGAUUCGCAGGCCUUUAUACGAAUUCUAAUUGUACGCCUGAGAAUGCUGAGUUGUUUGUUAAUUGCCUGAAAGCAAUGGUGGAAAUAUUGGAAAUGUAUUUGAUACAAGAAUCGAAUAGUAAAGAGGAAGUUAUUAUCAGGAAGAGUAAACGAGCCAAUAAUUGUCAAACAGAUUUUACAUCAAAAACAAAAUCAUCUCCUGUCCAAGAACAAAUUCGUGUCCAAGAACAAACCGAAAUUAACGUUCAUGCAGAUCGUAAUACGAAUAACAAGCGAGACGAUUCAGUUGAUAUACGUCGAGCUGAGGAUACGGGUGGCGAUGAUGGUGGCGGCCAUUCACAUUCUUAGCAAUUAAUUUAUGAUACUGACAGACAGUGUGAUAAAAGUGUGCAUAAAAGGCAAAAUAAUCGAAAGUUGCAACGACAGAUGAGGUGUGCGAACUCUAAAUAAUCGCAUUGUAAAUAUAGAACCUCGCACACAUUUAUCCCCUAUUUCUGCUGCAACAUGUCAGUUUAGUACAAUACCGUCAGUUUAGUACAAUGCCGUCCACGAUAUA